AUGAGAGGGCCGGAGCCAGUUCCCGAACCUACGAUGGAGGGGGACGUACUGGACACGCUAGAGGCGCUGGGGUAUAAGGGACCACUUUUAGAAGAGCAAGCCCUUAUCAAGGCAGCAGAGGGUGGACUGUCUUCCCCUGAAUUUUUAGAGCUCUGUAUUUGGUUAGGCUCUCAAAUAAAAUCAUUGUGCAACUUGGAAGAAAGUAUCACUUCAACUGGGCGAGAUGAUCUAGAAAGCUUCCAGCUUGAAAUAAGUGGUUUUUUAAAAGAAAUGGCAUGUCCAUAUUCUGCACUUAUAUCAGGAGAUAUAAAAGACCGCUUACAAAAGAAGGAUGACUGUUUGAAACUCCUGUUAUUUUUAAGUACAGAACUUCAAGCUUUACAGAUAUUACAAAAGAAGAAACGUAAAAAUUCUCAAUUUGAUAAAAAUAGUGAAAUUUAUCAAGAAGUUCAAGCUAUCUGUGAUACCCUUGCUGUACCCAAGUCAUCAACUUCUGACAUUCCACUUAUGCUAGGCCAAGUGGAAUCAAAGGUGAAAGAUAUUCUCUCAAAAGUCCAGAAAAAUCAUGUGGGAAAACCACUGUUGAAAGUGGAUUUAAAUCCAGAACAGGUGGAACAACUGGAAAGAAUCAAUGAUGCUCUUUCCUCUGAAUAUGAAUGCCGCUGGCGAAUGUUAAUGAAACGUUUAGAUGUGACAGUACAGUCCUUUGGCUGGUCUGACAGAGCAAAGGUUAAAACAGAUGACAUAGCAAGAAUUUACCAGCUUAAGCAUUAUGCUUUGUCACCUAAGACAACUAUUACAUUAGCACAUUUGCUUGCUGCUCGUGAAGACCUGUCCAAAAUAAUGAGGACAAGUAGUGGCAAGACCCGGGAGAAGACGGCAUGUGCCAUUAAUAAUGUGCUGAUGGGACGAGUGCCUGACCGGGGAGGAAGGCCUAAUGAAAUUGAACCACCUCCCCCUGAAAUGCCCCCAUGGCAAAAGAGACAAGAAGGCGGUGGAAGGGGUGGUUGGGGUGGUGGUGGAGGUGGGAGAGGAGGUGGUGGGGGUGGAAGAGGUGGCUGGGGUGGUGGAGGAGGUUGGGGAGGUGGAAGCAGCUAA